AUGGAGACCCUGUUAAGCUAUGGUGUCACAUACCUAGCGACAAACAACUCCACUCUGGCAACCCUUGUUGCUGCUUUCUAUGGGCUCUUUCUCAAACGAGCCCCCCAGCGUCUCACCAUCCGCGCCGUCAUACUAUGCCAAUCAUCGGGGCCUCCGUUGGCAGAAUCAGAUAUUAACGAAUUCCUACAGUACGAUGGACCAGCCAAAGAAGCCAUUAAUAUAACCAUCGAGCACGAAAGUAUGCUCUACGAUGAUUCUCUACGGGAUCUCCCGAUUCGAGAUAUUUGCCGUAAGCUCGCUGGCUUACAUAGUUUUAAAGGGCAUUGCCUCCGAAUCGUGCCUGAGAGAGCAAGCGAGGACAUAGAUGAGGUUGGUCAGUUGUUUGGUUGUUGCCUCAUAUUGAUGCAUCUGAAGGAGUUCUAUGAAAAUUACUUGGAUAUUGCUCCUAGUCACGGUGGACCGAACAUGAAUGAGGUUUCACGUCACCUCCAGCGGUUCAAUAAAGAAUUCGGGCCAUAUAUCAGUAUACUACCAAAUGACCAGACUGUCGAGAUUGUUAGAGGGUUUGAUGAUCCGCGGCUUGAAGAGAUGUUCAAUAUGCUUAUUAAGAGGAAUAGACGGAAUACUUUGAGAAGGACAUGA